AUGGAGGAGAGCAGAAUGGAAAGCAUGUCAUCUGGACGACCAGACAAAUCAUCAAGCUCGGCUAGAAGACACCGUAAGCGAGCGAACAAGAAAAGCCAUGUCACAAAGGUCGACAAUUGGUGCAGCGAGACCCCAACGGAGAUCAGCGAGCCUAUGAUCAAUCCGGGAGUUGAUUACGCGACGAUGUUUUGGCAGCAACCAGCAGCAACGGUUGCUCCGCAUGUCGCACCAAUGCGCAACGGCCAGAGACUCUUUACGACGAUGUCUGACCCCAGUGUUUGUGGCUACUCGACGCUGCCCGUCGCUUACGCGAUGGAGCCGGUCUCGAUGCCGCCAAUCUACCCGCUGUACAGGCCAGUUCCGCAGACCAACUACCGACCACCCAGAGGAAGGCCCAGGAGAAACAUUCCCCAGCAUCAAGGUCAUUCACAGUCUCACCAGGGUAUCAGUAACAUCAGUAGCGUGAAUAACGUCGCCAAUGGGUACUCGAGUCUCCAGGAAAACAGGACCGGCUACUCGACUUUAUAUCAGAAUGGAGACUACACUUCACUGCCUCCGUCUGCGAACAAUCACAUUGUUGCUGAGAGUGAUGACUUGAAUUCCGAGCACAGGAGGUACUCAGACCCUGGGCUAGGUCCUACUGAUCUGCCGCCGUAUACUGACAGCGAAGACUCGGACUCUGGUGGUAGUUCCAGUUCUGUUACGACUGUGGAGAAAAAUAAACUUGUUUUGUCUUUGGUUGAGCAGAUGACUACACUACGAGAAGCAAAUAGCCAGAUGUUUGAACAACUUAACGAAACAAAACUGGCAUUAGAAAACGUGACUACGGAAUUAGCCGAAAUAAAACAAAACUCUUCUUCAGACUAUCAGCCAGGAAUGUUAUCAGAAAUUAUUAGCGAGAUUCGACAAGCAAAUAAGGCGCUAGAUGAAACAAUUGAUGCGAGAAUAAAGUUGAUAGUUGAAGAGAAAACCCGACAAAAACUACUAGAGCUUGACGACCUCAAGGGACAACUGGCCCAAAUGACUGAGCAAAAGGCCAAAGGAGAUAGACGAAUUGCCAUCUUGGAGGAGGAGGUUGCUAGUCUUAAAAUUAAUGCUUCCAACGUCGUGGGUCAUGAGAUCGCAGCCUUUGAGGAAGAAGCCCUGGCUCUUCGACGGGAGCUCCAGGAAGCGAGGGCAAAAAACGCCGAGAAUCAAGAGGCUAAGUGCGUAGAAGCAUCAUCGAUAGCGAGAGCUAUCAAGCCUUUAUCUUUCGAAACACCCUGUAUAACCAGCACCCCCGUGCGUACCAACUUCCACGAGCCGAAUAAGAGCUCAAGCUCCAUUCCAGCCUCAGCCUCAUCUUCUUCCUCGACUUCGACUGUCUCGUCCCCCUCACCUCUGUCCCCCUCCGACUCGUCGAGGAAUCUGGACCAGAUCGACCAAGACUGGCAGUGGAAGAAGUUCACUGAUCCUGAUACCGAGCCGCUCGCGGAUCCAGCGCCGUUGACCGACGGAAAAACCAAAGAAAAAGAAAAAUACUCUGAUGGAAAUAAUUACUGGAAAAACAGAGGCUCUGACGCUUCCAUGCGGCCUGAUGAAAGAGAAGCCUUUGAGAGACUGCUCCACUUCCACUUUGAAAGAGACUCGGUUCCUGCGAAUAAUUUCCAACGUUCAGCAGUCGUCAGACGCAAGAGCGACGUCACGAAUAAUUUCAGAAAAGUGUCGCAGUUUUCCUGCUUCAGAGCCGCUUCUACCAAUUCGCUUCCUCUGGAGGACAAAGAAGAGUCUGAAAGGUCAGAUAAAAAUCAAGAAAAUGGUGUUGAGGUUCCGGACGUCGUGGUGGUUCCUGGAAAAUCAGUGACGAGGAUUAAGGGAAGAAAGAGAGGAAAAGAAGGUAACCGGAAACGUGAUUUAUCAGACUGGAGAAACUGGUGGCGGCAAUGCCAUCACCAUCAACAUCUUGAUCAGUCAGCAGACGUAAGCUCAGCUCAAAACAACGCUGCUGAUAAAGAUAACGAUGACAACAUAGACAAUGAUGAUAGCGAGUCCGGGCAUUCUAUUUACAGCAACAACGACUCGACAAUCAGCAGCAGCGUCAGCAUCGGCGGCCCAGUUACAGAUCUUUAG